UCUUUAGAUGGAAAAUUGCAGACACAAUAGACUACACUGAAGAUAUUUUGUUCGAAGAUUCUUAUCUCAGUUGUAACAUCAUAAUAAUUCGAACAGCGGUUUUACACCAAAAUGAAGGUCUCAAUCAUCAGAUUAUCUAACUACAAAUGUAUUACAUUGCUGUCGAUUUUAUCCGCGAUUAUUAGGCAAAGUGCAGCUUCUGUUUAUGCUAAUGCGACUUGUAGUCAAGUUUUUUGUGGCAUAAACUCUGUUUGUGUUCCAAGAGGAAGUUCCGCUUGUGAAUGUCUUUGUCCUUAUCAGUUUCAACAUCAACCGAAUUACGGAUGUUUUCCUCCGCAAUGUCGCACUAAUGAUGAUUGUCGUCGCGAUCAGUCGUGUAAAAAUGGAAAAUGUGUAAGUUUGUGUGUUGGAGCUUGUGGAGUCAAUGCAAGAUGUGAAUUAACGCCACAAAGAACGAUAUCAUGUCAAUGUUACUUUGGAUAUAUAGGUGAUGCAUCAGUUUUUUGCUAUCCAGCACCUCCAAGUGAUCUAUGUAGAAGUAGAUGUGGAAAUAACCCCAACACAGACUGUCGAAUUUUACAUGGAGUUCCUCAUUGCUUUUGUAAAAGUGGAUUUGUGAAAAAUAUCAAUGGCGAUUGCAUACACGAGUGUGAAGUAGAUUCGCAAUGUCCAGACUUUCAUUUUUGUUCAAAUUAUCGCUGUCUUCCGGUCUGUAAGAUUUGCGACAAAGCAGGAGCAGAUUGUAUUGGAUAUGAUGGUCUUCAUUCGGCGGAAUGUCAAUGUCCCAAGAAUUAUCGAGGAAAUCCAUACAAACGAUGCGAGCCUGAAUGCUAUGUAGAUGAAGAAUGUCCUUUUAACAAGCCAUUUUGCCAAAAUGGUCGUUGUUUCGAUCCAUGUCUCGUAUCGUGUGGUAAAAAUGCCAAUUGUUUCGUCAAAGACAAGAAAGUCGCAUGUGUAUGUCCCCCGGGAACUGAAGGAAAUCCAAUGUUCCGUUGUGAUCCGAAACAACGACGCGAUCCUUGCAAUCCCAGUCCGUGUGGCGAAAACGCUUUCUGCGAAAUUGGAACAACGUGCAAUGGCGUUUGUGCAAUCUGUACUUGUCCAAGAGGCUUUAAAGGUGAUCCAAAUCGAAAAUGUGUUGUGGGUACAUGUAACAACGAUAGCGAGUGUUUCUACAAUCAAGCGUGUAUAGAUUAUCAGUGCAUCGAUUUAUGUAAGCCACCAGGUAUCUGCGGAAAAAAUGCAAAUUGUACGACACGCGCACACAAAACUGUUUGUAGCUGUCCUGAGGGAUUUUCGGGAGAUCCUGCACAGGAAUGCACUUCACUCAGUGUUAUUCCAUUAUAUUGAAAUGUAGAAAGUAUCUUCUGAAUCUAAAUAAAUUCCUGCCAAC